AUGGCUCGCAAUAACUACGAGGAUACUUUAUCCUCCAUCUCCAGUUCUCAAAAUCUCCCGCAACGACCCAAGAGUCGAUUUCAAUCCAACCGCUCCAUCAGCUCCUCCUCAUCUUCUCGUGAUCUCAAUUUGAAUUCAACAAAUACUCAACACCAUACCGUCAGCGACGACAGUCAUAACACCCUCAAUUACUUUGAUCCCGACGAUUCCGCAGAGCAAUGCUUCAUGUCAACUGAAUUGGAUAUCGAAAGACUGAAGCGUAAACAAACACAACGUCCGGAUAUUGAUAUUCGCGAUACCGCAAAAAAAUACGAUCGAUGGAGCCCUAGAAGAGAGCCCGAUAUUUCUGCCAACAUUGUGGAUUUCAACAAUUUUUUCGAAGACUUCACAGGAGGAUCUUCACAAAUUAAUGGAACAAAUAACAGUUCUAGAUUGGCAUCCAAACUUCAAAGAUUGGACAGAUUAGACCAAGACCACACACCUUGCCGAAUUCCGAAAUCGAAAAUGUCUGAACGAUCAAAUUCAGUCUCGAAAAACAACUCCAAAAUGAACACUAGAGCCCCUGAGUAUGUCCAGCCUGCAAAUACACCAAGACGAGUUGUCAAGAAUACACCUGACGACCACGAAUUUUCCUUGGAUCUAUCACAUCCAAUCCAUAACAAGGAGAACAUUCUACCUAAACAACGAACACUUAUCUCAGCAAGCUCCCAGCAUGAGAAGAUUGCUCAAGCUGAUUACAAUGAAAGACAAGUACUUGCAGAGCUCGAAACCCUCAUCAAGGACCAUCCAGCAAACGCUUCCAUCAAAUCUGGCAGAUUUGCUAAAGCUGCCAGCCCAACCUUUACAAUGUCCACAACUGUUAAUAACUCAUUCGCAAUUCCGGAAGUCCACAACAUCACCAAGCUGGUAGACACCACAUCAACUUCAUUACUUAGAAAAGUUGAAAUUCUUGAACAACCCACCCAUCCUAUGGGAAAAGAGGAGGUCGACAUCUAUCGCUCCAUUGACGAACUUCAACAGCAAGUGGCUAUAUUGUUGAAUGAACGCAAGGAGCGGGAUUUUGUUAUAAACUCUCUCCAGAAGGAAAGAAGGGAGCGGGAUUCAAUUAUGUCUUCUCUUCAGAAAGAACUGAAUGAGAAGAGCGAGCAAGAUAAUAUCAUAUCUACUCUUCGCAACGAAAAAAAGGCACAAGACGCCAUCAUAUCUACUCUUCGCAACGAAAAAAGAGCACAGGAUGAAGUCAUAUUCAACCUUGAAGACGAAAAGCGCGCACACGAUGCAAUUACAACUACUCUUCGCACACAGAACAAUCACAUGAACGAGACCAUCCGAGAACUCGAGCGUGAUGCCCAGACACAGCGCCAAGAAAAUGAGCAGAUGAUGAAGUCCAUUUCUAAUGUGGAGGCUGUGGCGAGAUCACACCAGACAGAGAAGAAGGCAAUGGAAAAGACCUUGGCCGAGAUGUCUUCCUCAAAUGAGGAACUCAAAGCCGAUAUUGAGAACAUUUCAAAGCAACGGGAUAUGGUUCUUGCUCGUUACAAGAACCUUGUCGAGCGAUUCGACACUCUACAACAUUCAGCAUCAGCCGAGACACCACAACGUCCAGUAGAUGCUGAGACAUCACAGUCCAAGGAACAUGACAACAUUGAACUAUCACCAAAUCAAUUACCGAAGACGAAUGAGGCAUCCAAUGGGCAGGAGAAAAAGGUCCAGCAUGAUGAGGAAGAGGAGGAAGAAGAUUGCGAUGAGGCUGAUAUGACCAUACGUCCGACCAUGGAGCCCCAACUUGCGCUGGAGCAGAUCAUGGCAAAUGUACGCAAACAAAUUGAGCAAUUGAGUGCUCAACAUGCAGCUAAAUCAGCCGAGUUACGUACCCUGGAUAAGAGCAAAAAUCUUAGAUUGAGAAGAUCACUUGCGGAAUCCUUGAAGUUGCUUGUCGAUCAGAUUUCUUCACACAGUGAUUUCUUAUAUCGUCUGAAGGAUGUUUCUUAUGCAUUCUAG